AUGUAUCGUGGAAAAAAAACAGUACGACGUGGUGGUACAUCUAAUCAAGUGCGAGUUCAAAAUGCAACAAGAAAUAGACCAAUAACUCGAAAACAAAGUGCAUUAUUAGCAUGUGAAGAAGUUCAAAAUAAUGAACAUAAUGAAAAAUUUACUCUUAUUGAAUCAACAUUAAAUAAAAAGUUAUUAGUCGUUAAACAUAGCGAUUUAAUUAAAUUGAAUGAACCAAUAAAAAUAAAAUUAGGUUCAAAUGUUUUAGUCAAACUAAAUGAUGAACAAUCAACAUCUGCAUGUGUGUUUUAUAUUGGUUCAAAGCAACAAUGUUUGGACGAGUUGAAUAUCAUUCAAGAUCAACGUAAUAAUAAAGAAAAUUUAAAUUUUGACAAUACUGUUGAUGAUGAUGAUGAUGAUCCUCAGUUAGUAAUUACAACGGUAUUAACACAAUCAACACAAAAAUCUGCUCAAUGUAGAAAUACAAAUAUUCCAAAAGUAACAGAUUCUGGCAUUUCUAUUGAUAAUACUCAAAUUGAAUCCAAUUUUUACUCAUCAUCUUCAACAUCAUCAAGAACUAAACCUUCUGCAAAUAAUUCAGUACAAUUAAAUCAUAAUAAAAAUACAGCAUUAGCUGCAGCUUCAUUAACAUCAACAAAUGAUAUUACUGUUACUUCACCUAAAUCCCCACCACCAGCAAUAAAUGCAAAUACUAGCAACACAACUGCAAAUUUACAAAGUGGUCGAAUGGAUCCAUUAUCAGAUUUAACUCGUCAGUUGAACGAAGUAACCGAAGAUCGUGACAAAUGGAAAGAUAAAUACUUAGCAUUAGAAAAAAAAUAUGAUGAAUUACAGAAUAUAUCGAUAUUGAUUCCAACAGAUUUUAAUGUCUGUGAAUGGAUAUGUACAAUGUACGAUGCGAUCCAACGAAAGGGAAAUUCUGAUAUUAAUUUCGAUGAUGAGGCAAGAAAGCUCAACGUUUCACCAGGUUUAUUAAAAUAUUGUGUAAAUCUUUCUAAACCACCAACAAUAACAGCUCGGAAACUAUUCCAAUACGUAUGUCUGGAUGAACUAAGUAAAGGUACUUCAUGGUCGGGCAUUCCAACAAAUAAAGUGGAUGCCAUACAUGCUUUUGGUGAAAAGUUGUUUGGACGCCUUAAAUGGGAUAGAAAAACCGUCAAAAUUAGUUUACAAAAUUUUAUUCGUGGUGAACGUUCCAAUUUGAAACAUGAUCAACAUAAAUAUGAUCUUAAUGAACUCAAUCCUGAUCAUAGUGGUUAG